AUGAAAUCGCGUUGCCCGGGGGUCGAGCCCGUACCCCCACGCGUGAGGGUAAAAGCAGAGUGGGGAGUUUGUGGUGGUGCCCGGGUAAAAAGAUAGAGGUGGGACCGAGGCGUGAGUGAGUGAGUGAGUGAAUAGUGAGUCCCGACCAAGUGAGUAAGACCCACUCAGCAGUGUCUCAGUCACAACGAGAUCGGCAAGCUGAAUGGUCAAAUAUCGCGUGUCUGGUCGUGCUGAAAAUAUUAUUUUUUCGAGAAAAAUACAAAAAAGACCACUACAAAAAACCACCCUUAAAAUUCCCCAAAAAUUCUCUUUUACCCCCUUACCCCUUUUCACAAUAUUUUAAUAAAUUUCAAAAAAAAAUAUUUUUUCCCCUUUUUUUUUAAUUAUAAAUUGAGACCUUUUUUUCGCAUGUAAUCGGUUUGGACGAAUGUCACUCACAAUUGUUGGUGUGAACGACCCUUUAACUUGGAGGACAAUGAGAAAAGGGAUGAAAAUUAAAUUUUCAAUGAAAAAUGAAAAAUUGAAGGAAAUGUUAAUUGAACUGGGACAAUGUGGAGAAAUCUGGUGCUGUCUCGAACUAUCAUAAUAAGGAACUGUUAACAGUAGAAAAAAAUAAAAUAAGUGAAAAAUUGGAUUUUACUUCGCGAUUUAAAAAAAAAAAAUAUUGAAAAAUAGAACUUCCUGAAGUAACCGGAAGUGCGUGAGUGGAUGCAAGGAAGCUGUAUCGUCGGGAGAAGUCGAGGAGUCUCCUACCGGAGGAAGAGGAAGAGAUGAUCUUCGGGCUGCUGGUGGCUGGAGCGAUUGCCCUUGCCACUCUAAGGCGGUAUUCGCUGAUACAUACAGCAACGUUUACGAGUUUAGCAUUCUUUUUGAGUUCUGGCCUAACUUCAGUGACCGCUGCGCCCUCAUACGGUCAUCGUAGUAGUAUUAUUUCCGAAGCGAUGGACAUGGAACCCUGGGUGCAACCCUGUGGAACACCAGUCGCUGCACCUUUGAGGAAAUUACCUCAACGACACAGUGUUCAUCGGGCGCUGAAAAGGGUCCGAACACAAUUGAGGGUCGCGCAAGAGCACCUUCGCAAGGACAUCAAAGACAUUCACGAAAUUUACUCGAAGGUGUACAAAGUGCUGAAGGAGCAGCAAUACCGAAUGUCCUGGCUACCAGAGAAGCAACUCGAUUGGUAUCAUCGUGAAUUAUGGUGCUUGGAAAAAAGUAAAAAAGCAGAGAAAGCACUUCCACGAUUGCACGAUGCACUGCAAAGGUUCGCCAUCACAUUCUAUCAUUUGAGGGCCUUUCGUCUCAAAUCGAAUAUUAAUGCCGAACUCACAAUGAGCAGGAGGAAUGAAAUUAUCGACGGAAUGUACAACGAAGUAAGAAGGACGUUGUGCGAAGUGGAGACGGCAAUUUUCAAUUUGGGACUACAAUUGCCAACGACACACAAGGCAAAUAUUGUGACGGAGAGUUCGAAUUGGGCCGAAGAGGGCGACUUAACGUUGAUGUUAAUUCAAGAUUCGGGUGUUUUGCGACUCUAUAGAGAUUUUCUCAACGACUGGACGAGAGCUUUUCGUAAUGCCACUGCCAUUGGACCCGGUACAUGUGAUCCAAGCAUGAUAAAGCCCUUAAUUUACAAAUCGAAGAAACCUAAGAAAGAAUUUCAACACAAGAAAAAGCAGAAAAAUCCUAUGAAAAAACAAAAUGGACAGAUUAAAAAGAAUAUUGCCUUCAAUCGAAAUCGACAAUUAUUCCAAGGAAUGAGAUGGGGAAUGAGAAGAAGAUUGGGUAGCAAUAAGCCAAAAAAUGAAACUUGAAGAACAAUUUUUUUUUCUACUUAAUUAUAUACAAAACUUUGAAAGAGUAUUUUUAUUGACGUACAUUGUUUUUUUUGGAAAAACUCCUCAAAAAAAGAAAAGAAAGGGUACUUAAAAGUAUGAAAGUGAAUGUUGGUCCAGGACAAAAAUUUCGUUUUUUUGUCUAUGGUAAAACUGCAAUUUGGUAAACAGUAUUACGAGAUCUUGUUCUGAAUGAUUAAACAGUAUUAUAAAUGUCGUUUACGAUACGAAGUAUUUUUUUUUCAUGUAGAAAAAAAAUAAUGAUGAAAAUACGACUAUUAAGGGUCAUUUAGUUUUCCAAUUGUAAUUAUUGUGAAUUCGCGGGCAAUAUUUUUCGCAAUAGAAAAUAUUUUGCAGGAAAAAAUAUUUUUUUGCCUGCUUUUUAUUACGGUCAAAUUUUAAUAAGAGUUCUUUUCGUAAAUCUGGUAAAAUCUUUUCUUAUUCGGCAAAAAAAAUCUGGAAUAGCUAAAAAUUUUAC